CGCGUUAGUAAUUCUAAUUCACAUCGUCGUCGUCUCCUUGAAAGAUCGAAGCCGAAGCUUUUACUGGGGGAAUCGAUGAAGCUCUUGCAUCUGAUAUUCCUAUUAGCUUUAACUACUGGAAUCUCUGCUGUUCUAAUCUACAUUUUUGGCGUCUCGAAUCUAUGUAAGUAUGAUUCCGUGGAUUUAGACGAGUCUAAUCGGCUUAGCAAUGAAGAUUUAGAGGCGUUGCAGUCUUUGCAGAGCGGAUUCAAGAAGUGCGUAAGUGCAAAUGGCCUGGGACUACAAGCUGCUACGGGUAGAGAUUAUUGCAAAGUUUCAAUUAACUUCCCCAAGGAUACUGUUCCCAAAUGGAAAGAUCCCAAGUCUGGAGAGCUUGAAGGACUUUCAUAUGAGUUUGACCUGUGCGAAGCAGUAGCUACAUGGGAACAAGUCAGGAAUAGCUCUACCAUACUUACCAAGGAAUACAUUGAUGCCUUACCAAAUGGAUGGGAAGACUAUGCUUGGCGCAGAAUCAAUAAAGGAAUUCAACUUAAUCGUUGCCAGAAUAAAUCUUUAUGCAUUGAGAAGCUUUCAUUGGUGCUUCCUGAAACACCACCAUAUUUCCCUCGGCAGUUUGAGCGAUGUGCUGUUAUUGGUAACUCUGGUGAUCUUUUAAAAACAAAGUUUGGAAAGGAGAUAGAUACUUACGAUGCGGUUCUUCGAGAAAAUGGUGCUCCGAUUCAGAACUACAAGGAAUAUGUAGGAGAGAAAAGUACAUUCCGUCUUCUUAACCGAGGGUCAGCAAAAGCCCUUGACAAAGUCGUGGAGUUGGAUGAAAAAAAGCAAGAGGUCCUCCUAGUAAAAACAACAAUUCAUGAUAUUAUGAACAAGAUGAUUCGGGAAGUCCCAAUAAAAAAUCCUGUGUACUUAAUGCUUGGUGCUUCAUUUGGCUCGGCAGCCAAAGGAACUGGGCUCAAGGCUCUUGAGUUUGCUCUCUCGACGUGUGAUUCAGUUGAUAUGUAUGGUUUUACUGUGGAUCCAGGCUAUAAAGAGUGGACUAGAUAUUUUUCAGAAUCGCGACAAGGGCAUACUCCUUUGCAUGGUAGAGCUUACUACCAGAUGAUGGAAUGCUUGGGUCUCAUUAAAAUACACUCUCCCAUGAGAGCUGAGCCUAACCGAGUCGUGAAAUGGGUGCCAAGCCGCAGUACAAUUAGAUCUGCAAGAAUUGCAGCAGAGAAGCUCUUGAGGAGAGUUGGAGCAGGAUCUGCAAACCCAUUAGCUUCAUGCUCGAUAGUAAAGAAGAGAAACAAAAGCAAGCGUCCAAUGGUCUCACACCUCAGAAAACCUGUGAGCGACCAUCAAAAAUUUGUGAGAAGCACAAGCAUGUACCCUGUAGAGCACAGUCCUGGGCAUGGUCAGCUUUGCAUAACACCAGCUGACUAAGAAACUGCAUAUCUAAGAAUUGACUGAUCACCUUCCACACUGAAGCACAAAACAGAAUCCCAGGAAGAUAAUAGAUUCAUUGAAAGCAAGUCCCUCUGCUAUUGCACAGUUUUAGGGAUUGAAAGAUCAUCGAGGUGAUAGUUUUCUGCGUAGUCUCUCGAGGUUAUAGAGCAUUUAUUCUUUCGUUAUCCUGUUUUUCCAAAAUUUUCUUCACGAGAGAUGUAGGUAAAAUCAUAGAAGACUAAAAUAGAAUGGGAAGCUAGAGAUUGCUUGUUCCAUGUCUAAUUAUAGAAUAUAAAGCAAAUGUUAUGUUCUUUGUAAUCUUGUCUUGUUAUUAUUCCCCGACUUUUUACUAGUUGCUAAAGUAGAUAAUGCGGAAGAAUAGUGUAUA